AUGCUGAACGUCAAUGAGGACAUGAUCGCGGCGGCGGCCGAGUGCCAGGCGGAGCAGGACAUCGAAGGCCUCGUCGCCUACCAGCGCAUUCUGCAUCGGGACCUGAUGGAGAUGGCGGACUUCAUCGACUCCAUGUUUGGCAAGGCUCAGCGGGGUGCGCUGCGGACCGCCAUUGAGGCUGGCGAGAAGGUGCGCGAGAUCCAGCGCUCGAAGGAGCAAUGGAUCAAGUCGAGGCAUCAGGUACUCGAAGAGGAAGGCGCCAGUGCCAUCAAGAGCGACAAGUCGAGCGGCAUGUUGGAGGUUCCCGCGGAGAAAUCGGGAGAGAAUGCAACACAGCAAGGGUGUGGGGGCGUGGCGCUGGCAAACCAGAUCCGUGCUCACCAGCACAUUGCAGCUUUCGUGAAAGCCUCGACGAAGGGCACCACUGCAAUUCCUCCUCCUCCUCCUCCUCCUCCAGCGCCUAUGAGCUUACUACUCACCAGUCAGCUCGCGAUUCCCAGCACGGCUGCACCUUUGAUAAUGCCCGCCCCCUUACCACCACCGCCACCUCCAAUCCUCACAACUGCGGCCCAACCCAUCAAGCCGAACACUACCGGCAGCAGCGUUGCCAAGAUUGCACUUCCACCAGCAAACUCCGCGCUCAACCUGAACAUGUUCUUUCCCUUUCCUGGAGCAACACCACUGGUGUUUAAUCCCCAAGUUGCCGGUGGGCUAAUGCCAAUGGCCCCUUGGCCCCAAAUGCCAGCUUCUGUGCCAGCUCGAGCGGCGAGGCCCGCUCGACCACAAGCAAAAACGCCAAAGUUUAAGCGGAUGUGCGAGGCGUGCCGAAAGCGGCACAUCAGUGUGCGGCAGUGUCGUCUCGUGCUCCAACAUACAGACCCUGAAUGGCAGCAGCCUGCACAACCGCCUCCAGCUUCUCAACGACGGAGGCAGAAGGAACCCGAAACCAAUACAAACGUAACUUAA